AUGAGCACUUUCUUUCUCAUACUCAUUUCUCUCUUUUUCCUUAUCAUCACAUUGAAGUUCUUCUUCCGCACAACAACACCAAGGUUCAACAACCUUCCACCAGGCCCUCCUUUUCUUCCUAUAAUUGGAAACCUUCAUCAACUCAAACAACCACUCCACCGCACUUUCCAAACCUUAUCACAAAAACAUGGCCAAAUCUUUUCUCUCUGGUUCGGUUCUCGUCUCGUCGUUGUUGUUUCUUCGUUAACAGCAGCACAAGAAUGUUUUACCAAACACGACAUCGUUUUAGCGAACCGUCCUCAUUUCUUAACCGGAAAAUAUAUUGCCUACAACAACACUACAGUAGCACAAGCACCUUACGGUGACCAUUGGCGCAAUCUCCGCCGGAUAAUAUCAACUGAGGUACUCUCAUCUCACCGUUUAAAUACCUUCUUGGAAAUACGAAGAGACGAGAUUAUGAGACUGAUUCAAAAGCUAGCACAAGUUUGUCACAAUGGUUUCUCAGAAGUGGAACUUAAGCCAUUGUUUUCAGAAAUGACAUUCAACACCAUCAUGAUAAUGGUGUGUGGGAAAAGAUACUAUGGUGAUGAUCUUGACGUGAGUGAUGUUGAGGAAGCAAGGUUGUUUAGAGAGAUAAUCAAAGAGAUCGUGGUUUUAAGAGGAGCAAACAACGUUGGUGAUUUUCUAGGGUUUGUAAGGUGGUUUGAUUUUGAUGGUUUAGAGAAGAGGCUUAAGAGGAUAAGUAAGAAAGCAGAUUCAUUUUUACAAGGACUCAUUGAUGAACGUAGAUUUGGAAAGAGAAACACUGAUACUAUGAUUGAUCAUCUCUUGAAACAGCAACAAUCACAACCUGAAUACUACACUGAUCAAAUCAUCAAAGGAUUUAUUGUGGUUAUGUUACUUGCAGGAACCGACACAUCAUCUUUAACCUUAGAAUGGACUAUGGCAAAUUUAUUAAAUAAUCCAAAUAUAUUAAAGAAGGCAAAAGAUGAAUUAGAAACUCACAUGGGACAAGAUUACUUGAUAGAUGAACAUAAUAUUUCCAAACUUCCUUAUCUUCAAAGUAUUGUUCAUGAGACUCUUCGAUUACAUCCAGCUGCUCCAUUAUUAUUGCCUCAUUUGUCUUCGGAAGAGUUUACAUUAAAAGAAUAUAUUAUCCCACAAAAUACAAUUGUAAUGGUAAAUGCUUGGGUCAUUCACAGAGAUCCAAAUUUGUGGACUGAUCCUACAUGUUUUAAGCCCGAGAGAUUUGAGAAAAAAGGUGAGACAAAUAAAUUACUUUCAUUUGGAAUGGGAAGAAGGGCUUGUCCGGGAACAAAUUUGGCUCAACGUACAAUGAUCAUAACUUUAGGGUUAUUGAUUCAGUGUUUUGAGUGGGAACGUAUAAGUAAAGAAAAAAUUGAUAUGGCCGAAGGAAAAGGAAUCACGGUGGGGAAAAAAAAUUCUUUAAAAGUAAUGUGCAAAUUGCGCCAUCCACUAAAGAUUAAAGAUACUUCUUAA